AUGUCAGUGGACGAGAUUCGUCGUCAAUUACCCAAUUUCUUUCGUUGCCCUUUGCCGGAUUGUUGCCUUGAUUUUUGCUCUCCAAAAGGAAAAUUGCUAUUUAAAGAAAGUCUCAAUGAAGGUGAUGCAAAUAUCUACUUCAAAUUAGCCGCCCAUUUUCACACUCAAUCCGAGCCACAAUGGAGUUGCGGAGUGUCGGCAUUAGCAAUGGUUUUAAAUGCUUUGGAGAUCGAUCCAUGCAUCGUUUGGAAGCACUAUUGGCGAUAUUUCGAUGAAACGAUUGUAAAAACCGGAAAAUCGAUUGAAGAGAUUAAAAAAGACGGAAUCAAUUUGCUAGAGUUGAGCGAGAUCGCUAAUGAAAAUCGAGCUCAUUCAAAAGCGAGGAUUUGCGAGGAAAAUGAGGAAUCGUUAUCGAUUUUCCGAAGGGAGAUCCAAGAGAGCGCUCGAUCCGAAGACACAGCGAUGAUUGUGAGCUAUUGGAGGAAUGUCGUUGGGCAAAUGGGUGAUGGUCAUUUCUGUCCAAUUGGCGCCUACCAUGAAGCCACGGAUUCGGUGCUUUUGAUGGAGGUUUCAAGAUAUAAAUAUGGACCACAUUGGGUGAAAAUAAUCGAUUUGCAUCGAGCGAUGUGCGUUUUUGACGAGUCGAUGAAUCGAAAUCGUGGAUAUCUCUUGAUAAAACCGAUCAUUUCAACAGAAGGACCAAAGAUUCGCCUACAAACAGCGAAUUGUUGCGAAAAUCGAGAGACGAUCUCCUCGAUCACCUCUUGGACGCAAUUUCUGAAAUCGAAAAAAUCGCCGAAUGAAACAGAAGAAAACACGAAAAUCCUCGCAAAUCUCAGCGAAAUUUUCCCGAAAACUCAGUGCUUUUACGACGAGACAAAAGAUUUGCUGGAUUUGAACAACAACGAAGACGAUGGAAGGAACGAUUUUCGGAUUCAUGCGGAGAACUUUGAGGAUUUCGAGAAAUUGGACAUUUUUCAUUGUUUAAUCGUGUUGGCCUGGCCGUAUGUCAAAAAUUACUCGGAUCGCUCCGAGCGUUUACGGUUAUUGGCGGAAAAAUGGAGGAAAAGUGCAAAGAUCUCAUCUCACUCACAAAUCGAAUCCUUUCAACAGCAAAUCAUUGUCUUUCUCGAGUGUGCAAGGCUGAGA